GCCGAGGCCGCGGUCACCUUCUCGGCCUUGAGCGCCGCUCCGAAGGAGAGCCCCGCCUGCCCCCGGGCGCUGCCCCCGCUGACCUCCAAGAAGCCCUGCCUGCUGAGCCCCCCGUCGCCCCUGCGGCUCACGGAUGUCCCCGAGCACGCCUCGGAUGACUCCUCCGCCCACGCCAUCUCCCUCACGUCCUGCGUGACGAAGGGCAUGAGCUCCUGGUCGCUGCCGGGCGACUGCGAGAAGGCCCCUUUCACCAUGAUGGAGCCCGGCGGCAUCUCGGCGCUGACGGGCGACUGCUUGAUGCAGCCAAGCCGGACCUGUCUGGGCUGCUUCAUUGAAUCAAAGGACGGCAUCGAUGCAGAGCCGGGAAUAAGCUUGAAAGUGGGGGAUAUAAAUAGGGAUUAUGACACCUGUUCGGUCUCUGAUAUAGGGAUUCACUGCAUGAGCACAGGAGAAACCAUGAGAUACGGGGAUCAACUGCUUUCAGACCAGCUUUUAAGCUUCCCUAUGCAUAAAUCGAGGGCAGCGGACAAAAGAGAUGCAGAAAAAUCUGACAGUGAUUCAGAGGACCCCACUCAGAAAAAUUAUUACGAGGGAUUACUAUUAGACAAAUGCAACGGUGAGGAACCUUUACUAACAAAUCCCAACCAGGAAUGGGGCUAUUUUGAAUCUUUCAUUAGUGAAAGUAAAAUUGAGCUGCUUGACCUCUGCUCCAAAAAUGAGCUUUCUGUAAAUCUGUUUUCCGAGGAAGACGUGGAUAACUACAUGUUCGAUGACGACGAUUCCACCUUGGGAAGCGACGUCUGCUCCCUCAAGAUCAGAUACGAAUCCUUCCAGGACAACGUGAGGGAGAAGACCACCACCCUCCAAGAGGACGCCCAGUUCAACUUCUUCCCCAGCGUGUUCAGCAACUGCACCAAAAGGGACAGCAGGAGCACCCUGAAAAGGGGGCCUGGCGGUGCCACCGAGCCUUCUCAGUUCAAAUCUGAGGAAGGCAUCAUCUGGGGGGAGGAGGAGGAGGACGGCGAGGAAGAGUUCGGCGAGGAGGAGGAGAAAGCUGCCUUAAAUAAAUCUUUGAACAGCACGGAGGUGGUGCAGUACGUGGGCUCCAAGAGGAGCCACUUCUUGGACUCGGUGAAUUCCACGGAGGACUCCGGGGAGUUCAGCGACGACAGCACUUGCACGGAGUCCUCCUACGACGUGCUGCGGGAUAUCAAGGACUGCAGCCGGUACCUGUCCCGGGACCACUCCGGCUCCUUCAUUCAGCAGAACUACGGCUUGAGGGCGAAGAGGAAAGUGCGAUACAGCGACGACUACCUGUACGACGUGGACUCCAUCGAGAACGAGAAGAUCCUGGACAAGAAGGAGUGGCUCCCCGACGGCCCCAAGGAAGAGGACGACGACGAGUGGUGCCCCAAGAAACGGCGAAAAGUCUCUCGCAAGGAGCCCCCCGUUAUCAUCAAGUACAUCAUCAUUAACAGGUUUAAAGGGGAGAAGCAUAUGCUGGUGAAGCUCAGCAAAGUGGAUGCCAACGAGACAACUGUUACCCUGAACGAGGAGCUGCUCAGCAAAUACAAGAAGCUGGCCCCACUGAAGGGCUUCUGGCAAGAGAGGCAGCAGAGCCGGCUGGAUUUGCUCAGAUCGUCUCUCUACCACAAGCAGAAUUUCUAUCUUAACGGCUCAGAUGCUUCGUUCCUCCCUCACCCACGGAAGCGAAAAUGCAAGCUAGCAAACAGGCACCGGAUUCAAAGAAUUAAAGCCAUCGAGCAAUCAGUGAGCAAGCUGGGCUCUUGCUCCUCGGAUCACAAGCAGCCUUGCAGCAGUAAGGAGGACACGGGCCUGAAAGGGCUGCCGACGGCGCUGGCCAUCGCCACCCCGGGCUGUGCCAACGGGUUGCACGUCCACGACAUCGCCGGCAUCGCUGCCGUGAAAUGCAAACCGCAGGACCGGGAGCACAAGGGGACGGAGAGGAAAGUGCUCCGCAGAAUCAAGUUCAAGAGUGAAGCCAGGUUGAAGUGCAAGAAGAUCAAAGCUGCCACCAGUACGGCGGAGGGUUCCCCGGUGCUGGAAAACCAGGACCCCGCAGCGCGGCUGAAGGAUGAAAACGUUCCCUGCGCUUCAGACAGCUCCCAUCUCCCGGAGUGCCACGAGGAUAAGGCUGCUAAAAAUUCUCCUUUUCUACCAUCCACCUCCUCUUCAGAGAAGCCUCUACCAUCUGCUAAUAUCACCACCAAUGUACCCCUGAUCCCCGGAGGGUAUCUGCAGACGUUGUUAGACGCUUCUGAUUUGUCGAGCAACACCGGUAUCUCCUACUCCGCCCAGCCCCCCCCCGAGCAGCAGCC